AUGUCAUAUAGACCCUCCACCGCUCAAAGUGCCAUUUCCUCCGAACUAUCCGACGAUGAAGAUAUUUCGAAGACUAAAUCGAAACUACCUUCUCCUUUAUCGCAAUCUUCAGCACCACCAGAGCCAAGCGGCACGCAGCUUCGAGGACCAACAACCCUGAGCGCUCUAGUGGCAAGGAAUAAUGCGCGGAAUGGAACGAGCACAACUGCGUCAAGUCGACCAGAUAGCCCUGUGAGCCACGUUAGCAAGUCUCAUGUACCAUCAUUAGCUGCACAAGGGUUUUUUCGGCCGAUGAGUUCUCAGCACUUGCAAGCACAAAGACUUGGGCGACCUGGCACCGCGAAAACCGGCCCAUCUAUCUCCACUGAAGAUGGAACUCGAGAUUACGAGACCGAUACUCGUCGUAGUCUGUCAACCAUCAGACAAGAGCGUCAAGGAUCCUUUUUACCUGUGCAAGAGCAGGAGAAAGUCCCUCUAUCUAGCGGCAUCGAAGCCUCAGUUCCACCUCUACCAGAUCGAGCCACAAACGCAAACCCACGUGGCAACACCAGUAGGAGUCUAGGAGACAGCGUACGUCUUCUGAACGAGAGGGCGUCAAGUCAGCGACAGAGCAAACCCAUACAUCUGAAUUUGCCCAAGGGCGCCACACAGGGGGAUUCAGGGGAUCCUGCUUUAAAAUCUCCACGUUCGUUCCGUUCAGGUCUCAGUUUAGGGUCAAGACGAGGAUCAAGGCAGCAAAUAGGGGCUGGUCACCAACAUCUGCCCUCCAAUGCAACCUCAACACGGUUUGAUUCGACGCAGAACCCUACCGUCGUCCCCGAAACAGCUUCACCUGGAAAGAAUUAUGAAUACUUUGAAGGGAACACGGUAUUCUGCUGGGGUGGCAGGUUCCAAAACGCCAGAGAUCGUCCAGUCAAUAUAGCGACAGGCAUCCUACUUGUACUACCAGCAGUAUUAUUUUUCGCAAUCUCCGCGCCAUGGUUAUGGCGAAAUGUUUCCCCCGCCAUCCCGAUCGUUUUCGCCUACCUCUUCUUCAUUUCCUUGUCUUCGUUUAUACAUGCUUCACUUGUGGACCCUGGAGUCUUUCCACGAAGCCUUCACCCUUUUCCACCACCAGAUCCAGGGGCUGACCCGUUGGCUCUCGGCCCGCCAAUGAAUGACUGGGUCAUGAUACGGCUUGCUACGUCUGACACUGCUGCUAUGGACGUUCCCGUGAAGUACUGCAAGUCAUGCAACAUCUGGCGACCUCCACGGUGCUAUCAUUGCCGAGUUUGUGAUAACUGUGUCGAAACACUAGACCAUCACUGCGUCUGGCUCAACAACUGCGUUGGCCGACGCAAUUACCGCUAUUUCUUCUCAUUUGUCUCCUCGGCCACUCUGUUGGGCUUACUGUUGAUUGGCGCCAGCUUGGGCGACUGUCUUGCUUAUCGGGACCAGCGUGCCGUCUCCUUCGGAUCUGCAAUCAACCAACGGAGGAUUCCGUUUGCAAUGUUCGUUUAUGGCCUCCUGGUCACGCCGUACCCGGCAUCGCUUUGGGGUUACCACCUUUUUCUGAUGGGAAGAGGGGAGACAACCAGAGAGUACCUCAACUCUCACAAGUUCGUCAAGGCGGAUCGGCACCGGCCGUUCACGCAAGGCAAUAUUCUCAAAAACUGGAUUGCGGUUCUUGGACGGCCGCGACCGCCCACGUACCUUCAUUUCAAGAAGAAAUACGAGGAAGGGGACCAACGUUUCGGACCUCGCCGCGGCACGAGACAAGCGUCUCUUGUUGAAGAAGCCGAAGGCGGCAUGGAAAUGAAACCAGUGAGAGGGAGACAAAAGGCCUUUGAAGGACCAGUCAGCCGAAAAGCAGACCCUCCUCGUCGACUUUGA